AGGCAGCAGCAGCAGCAUCAAUAAUAGAAACUUACCUUCUGCCGAAAUCCGUGGUUCGCAAUACCCGGGGUAUUCCGAAUUCGUUGUCGUCGAACGAAAGUGCCCUAGCGGCACACCACCGCUUCGUGGCCAACAUUCGCUCGACAAACGUCGGUACAGUACAGCACGCAACGCAGUGGAUCGCAGCACGCGAAGGCGUGCGAGGGGUAGUGGGCAAAUAGUGAAGUGCGCGCGCGGUACCCGGACCACCGUAGGGUAGCUUCCAAGUGGGCUCGUUGCGAUUCCGGAGAGUGAUCCUUUAUUGUUUGUCCCAAUCGUAGGUGAAUUACGGAAGAAUUCACCGUGGAGUGUGGUAACGCGAUAGCGCCUAAGUGUCGGUUGUUGUGUAGAAGCAGUUGUUUACCUUCGCCACAACGCACAGGUCCGCGCCGUUCUGGAAAGGAAAAAAGUCUUUGUGCGUGUGUGUGGAACGCGUGGGUUUGGUGUUUAUUGUUCCGGUCGCAUCCAGAGUGUCCUCCCAACGGAAAGGUGCCAAAAGUGAAGUGGCCCGCGAUUCGCUCUAUUUUGAAUUAGUGUGCUGUGAUUGCAAAUACCUGUCAUCCGGAAGUUUUUGAGAGGCAGCUGGCGGUUGCCUUGGCGAGAACAUUUGCAGUAUGGUACGGUGAAGGUGGGUGCUUUGAUUUGCAACGCGACACCAUCGAGUUGACUUGCACGACCGUGCGGACGCGGACAUAGGGUAUAUUGGGGCAUUCUAUUGCUUGGCCACCGUCACAUUCAGGUUUCUCGCCGUGCCCUCAGAUGGUCAUACCCUGAGUGCCGGGGGAGUGGAAUGCUGUACGAUUAUCAACCGCAGUCUUAUCAGCCGCAGCAGCCCCUGCCGCAAAGAGGACGCGGAGGAAGAGGAGGAAGAGGAGCGGGUGGUACAAGACUUGGUACAGGAACCUCUGCCGUGAUGCCGAAGAAGGAUUCCAAAUCCGAUGAGGGCGGCCGCAAGAACAAGAUGAGUCAGGCGGCUGCGGCCAAGCUGGAACAGCAGCAGCAGCAACAGCAGCAACAGCAGCAGCAGCAGCAACAACAGGACGAUGUAACGGGCAUGAAAGGCGGUGGCCCUGGUACGGGUCGACCUGGUUCCGUUGGACCGGGAGGAAUGAAACCGUCGGACGCUUGCAGUAUUAACGCAGGCGGUGGUCCCGGACCAAACAGCGGUGUGAUGGAUGCGCUGGGCAAGGCUGGCGGUCCGGUGAUGGGUGGUGGCGUCGGUGGCCCUCUAGACGGUGGUGGUCAUCCGAUGGACGGGAAGAUGAAUCCUGGUCUGGCCGGCAUGAUGGCGGGUAACAAACCGUCAAACAAGCUGGAGUACACGCAGCAACAGAGCCAGAUAUUUGUGUUCUCGACGGCGCUUGCGAACAAGGGCGCCGAGGCGGUACUGAGCGGACAGUUCAACUCGAUCAUUGCAUAUCAUUGUGCUCAGAUGCAGAAACAGAACCGACUCGGUGGCCCCGGACCGGACGAGAUGAGCGGGAACAGUGUGGGACCGGGCGCGAUGUCACCGUGGAUGGAUCACGGUCACGGGCACGGUUCGCCCGAUCACCAUCCGAUGGGACCGCGGGGCAUGGGUGGACCGGGUGGUCCACCGGAUGGUAUGAAAAAGUCAGCCACCAUUCAUCAUACGGCCAAUGCGUCCUGCCUGGAGAAUGACGGUUCAUUGCCGAUGUUUGGCGGCGGUCCCGAUGGGCACAUGCCGCCCCACAUGCGCAUGGGGCCAGGUGGAGGAGGACCGCUCGACCCGUCGAUGGUGAUGGGGAAAAAGUCGGCCACCAUUCACCACACGCCGAACGCUUGCAUGGAUCAGGACGGAAGCGGUCUCCCGAUGUACCCGACGGAUGGGCACGGCGGGGGGCCCCACAUGCGCAUGAACCCGGACGGAAUGUCCAAACCCUCGACCAUUCACCAUACGCCCAGCUCGUGCAUGGAGGGCGACGGUGGUGGUGAUCCGACCGUAGGAGGCCACCCGGGCGUAAAGAUGGAAAACCCGUCACCCGUUGGGUCGCACAUUUCGCCUAGCGGUGGUGGUGGAGUGCCUGGCGGUGGUCCGGGCGGCGGUCAUGGAGGAGGUGGAGGUGGACCAGGUAUGGGUCCAGGAGGAGCAGGCGGUGGUCCCGGUGGCAGUCACUCGAGCUCGACGAUUAUCGACCAGAUGAACUCGCUGGUGGCGUCACUACCACUAAUGAAGGGUGGCAAUGUACUGUCGCAAUCGCGUGGCCAUCCACAGCCGUCGCUGCAGGGUGUAAAAGUGCCGGACGAAAAUUUGACGCCCCAGCAGCGGCAACACCGGGAGCAACAGCUCGCCACGUUACGCCAGAUGCAGAAGAUGUUCUUUCCCGAGCAGCGCGCCAUGGGUAUGGAUCCACACGGUAUGGGAAUGAGGCCCCAGUUUCGGGGGCCCGCCACCGGUAUGCCACCGGACUUCGGGGGACCUCCGAAUCGGCCGCUAAAUCCUGCCUUUAUGAAUACGCCCCUCGGCAGUGGCGGUAUGGGAGGACCGGUGGAUGGUGGACCGGGUCCGGGGCCGGGACCCGGUCCUGGUAUGAUCAACGAGCAGAUACCGCCGAUGCAAUACAACAAACCGAACAUGAUGAACCCGGGUAUGUACGGAGGUGGCGGUAUGGGAGGCGGCGGCCAUGGAGGAGGGGGAGGACCGAUGGGUGGUCCGAUGGGUGGCCCGAUGGGAGGACCCGGUGGACCGAUGGGUGGUCCGAUGGGUGGCCCAAUGGGUGGUCCUGGCGGUGGUGGCCCAAUGAAUCGUAUGUACAAAGCAGACCCCGACCCAAUCUUUCCGCCCAUGACGGAGAUGGGUGGAUAUGGUGGUGGAGGCGGAGGUGGUGGCGGUGUGAUGAAUAACCAUGGGCCCGGUAUGUUUAAUCCCGGCAUGCAGCAGCGAAUGGGUAUGCCACCGGGUGGUGGUGCUGGUGGACCCGGACCCGGUGGUGGCCCGAUGGGAGGCGGACAUAUGGGGAUGGGUGGACCGAAGAUGGGACCGGAUCCGUCGAUGCUCGGUGGCCCCGGUGGUCCGAUCCCACAGUCCCCCCUGAUGGACGACGACCUCAGCAAGGGUUCGAUGCAACAGCAGCAAAUGAUGCUUCCCGCAAAUCCACCUCUUCCGCAGCAACCGGGCACACCGACGGGUGGUGUCGGUAGCAACGGUGGCCCUAUGUCGGUCGGCAUGAACACGGGCCUGAAUCCCAAUGGCGCCAACGGUACGGUCAACAAUAAUGGUAAAACGAAAGAGCCUUCCGUUUCGCCGGAACAGCAACAGCAGGGCGGCCCCGGCUCGAAUCAGCAGCAACAGCAGCAGCAAGGACCCGGCAGUCAACAGGGGCCCUUGACACCGCAAACCCCCCAAGGCGGACAACAAACACCCGGGCAACCACUCACCCCACAGACAUCGAUGGCCGGUUCGUAGAGCCCGCCCAACCAACCACCCAACCAUACCCCUACCCCCUAACAGAACCCGGAAUGAUUGUUUCUUUAGUUUUGCGUGCGUGAAUGAAAGAUGUGAGCGAGAGUGAGAGGGAGGGAACACUUUAGGGAAGGAAGAUGCGAUAAUGGCCAGGAAUGGAACGUCAUUGAAAAAACAUAACGUUUUGUCCAUGGUUGGGACACAUCUUUCCUUAGUUUUGUUUACAUAUACAAGGAACAAGUAUACAUAAAAACCCCAUACACUUACACAAAGUCCCACACAUACAUACAUGAGCAACAAAUCUGCCUUAUCACUACCGAUGAAUACGAGCAAAGCAAAGGAAAAGUAAACAAAUUGCAUAAAACCGAUAACCUGCAAACGGAAGAAAAAGAGAUACGAAAAGUAAAGCUAUACAAAUAGAACACUGAAGAAAAAAAGGGAGGAAGAAUGAAAAUGAAGUAAAAAGCAUUUGAAGAAUAGAGAAAAGAUAGGAUAAGGAAUGUGUAAAUGCAAGAAGCAAAAAAAGAAAAGCAUGCAGUAUAAAACAAAGGCGAGAUGAGAUGGAACGAGCAGAGCAAACGUAAAAAGCUCUGAAUACAAAAGGGGAGAUUACAAACGUGUUGUUUUCCGCUUUUAUAUCCUGUUGCGUUCUUUUGUUUGCGGGCGUCUAACCGUAGUUGGUGCUGUUGUGUACAGGAGUGUUUGAUAUGUAAUAGCUGCCUAUUAGUUCGUUUAGUAGUGUUUUAUGUUCCGUUCUAUUUCAAUCUGGAUCGUUUGCAUUUUUCGUAUAUUUAGUUUAUUUCAUCUGCUCUCGUUUUCAAAUCAAACCAUGAUCAGACGAUCCUCCUUCAAAUGUUAAAAACUUCCGUUUCUGCAUAUGUUCUCCUCACCGUACGCUGCUAAUUUAUCACAAGAAGAAAAAACAGUACGAUCCACGUCAGUUUAAGGCCUUCAUUGUUUUUUUUCCUUUCUUGUACCACAAAAUGUAAUUAGGAGGUGCAUUGUCGCUAGCUGAUGGAUGAAUUUUAUGUUUACUCCUCAUUUGUCCUGCAUAUUGCACCGUUAGGGCAAGGAAACAUUUUACCUCAAGUACGACGAAUCCUUCCGGGAGGAAAUUCGGCCCGCGUGCGAAACUGGAUCGACUCGAUCAAUUUUUCGCUACCACCUGUCUCCCUGUUUUGCUCAUUGCCACGAUCUGUGUGUCCCUUUUCUGUAUGCGUAGCGUAAAUAAAAUUUAACACAAUUGAUUAUAAAAAAA